GGCGUUUGGAACAUCUUAAUAGUCGAACAGCGUUUGGUGCGCGCAUCGCUACACGCCGGUGAGAGAAAAAUCUAGAAACAUCCACCAGCACCGUUACCAGCUAGCAAAAUGGCGGGAAUGGCGCUGAACCCCAUCCAGAUCCUCAAGCAGCAGGCGGAGGAGGAACGCGGCGAGACCGCUCGUCUGUCGUCCUUUGUUGGUGCCAUCGCUAUCGGCGACCUCAUCAAGAGUACACUGGGACCAAAAGGCAUGGACAAGAUCCUGCAGUCCUCCAACCCUGCCCACGAGAACAUUCAGGUGACCAAUGAUGGAGCUACGAUCCUGAAAUCCAUCGGAGUGGACAACCCUGCAGCCAAGGUGCUCGUAGAAAUUUCCAAGGUCCAAGACGAUGAGGUUGGGGACGGGACCACGUCCGUUACUGUGCUUGCCUGUGAGUUACUGAAGGAAGCGGAGAAGCUUGUUGCUCAGAAGAUCCAUCCACAGACCAUCGUCGCUGGAUAUCGCCGAGCUACGGACGUCGCUAGGGCUGCGCUACAAGAUGCUUCAAUAGACCACGGGAAUGAACCAGAGAAGUUCCGUGAGGACUUGAUGAACAUCGCCCGCACGACCCUCGGGUCUAAGAUCCUGACUCAGUACAAGGAACACUUCUCUAAGCUGUCUGUGGAUGCUGUGCUUAGACUUAAGGGUUCCACAUCUCUUGAUGCCAUUAAGAUCAUUAAGAUUCCUGGUGGUGGACUGGUCGACUCCUACCUUGAUGAAGGGUUCCUGUUGCAGAAGAAGCCAGGCGUGAACCAGCCCAAGCGGGUGGAGAAUGCCCGAAUCCUCAUUGGUAACACAUCCAUGGAUGCUGACAAGAUCAAGGUGUUUGGGUCGCGAGUGCGUGUGGACUCGGUCGCUAAGGUUGCAGAGCUGGAGCUGGCAGAGAAGGAGAAGAUGAAGGAGAAAGUUGGGAGGAUCCUCAAGCACAACAUCAAUGUCUUCAUCAACAGGCAACUGAUCUAUAACUACCCCGAGCAGCUGUUUGCAGACGCCGGAGUCAUGGCCAUCGAACAUGCAGACUUCGAGGGGGUGGAGAGACUGGCACUAGUCACAGGAGGAGAGAUCGUGUCCACAUUCGACAAUCCUGAGCUGGUGAAGCUGGGCCGCUGUGACCUCAUCGAGGAGGUCAUGAUUGGGGAGGAGAAACUACUUCACUUCUCAGGUGUUCCACUAGGAGAAGCAUGUACCGUUAUCCUGCGCGGCGCCACCCAGCAGAUUCUGGACGAGGCUGAGCGCUCCUUACACGACGCUCUCUGUGUGCUCUCACAGACUGUCAAGGAGACCAAGACCAUAUUCGGAGGAGGUUCCUCGGAGAUGCUAAUGUCUCACGUGGUGUUCCAGCUUGCCCAGAAGACCCCAGGAAAGGAAGCCAUAGCCAUGGAGGCAUUCGGAAGGGCCCUCACUCAGCUGCCCACCAUCAUUGCAGACAACGCAGGGUACGACAGCUCACAGCUGGUGUCGGAGCUCCGCGCAGCUCAUGCAGAGGGGAAGAAAACCUACGGCAUCAACAUGGAGACAGGAGAGAUCGGUGACAUGCAGCAGCUCGGCAUCACGGAAUCUCUCAAGGUCAAACGUGCUGUCCUACUCAGCGCAGCCGAGGCAGCGGAGAUGAUUCUUCGUGUGGACGAUGUCAUCAAAGCCGCACCCAGGCAACGGCAGCCGGAUCACCCUCACUAGUGACAGGCAACCUGCACACCCCCGUCUCCAAAGUGAACUCAUCCAACUGUAAACUUUUUCAUUGAGAAAUGGUUACCUUGGACUGGAGCUUUUUCAUUUUGUAUCAUACCAUUCGCAACGAAUGUGGUGUAUACACAAAUUUUGACAGGAAAAUUAAUAACAGUCUUACGCAUAAUAUAACACAACGUGAAAAAUAUUGUGCAUUUGUAGAAGUAUUUGUAUGUUGCCUUUUUGCUGAAAGAAAAAUGUUUUGUUUAAGAGUGGUAUAAAACUACAUGAUGUACGUCACCUUUAUAUAGUGUGGUUGUUUUGUUUUUUCAUAUUUGUAUGUAAAGGAUGAAUGUUUAAAAAGAUCAUUGCAUUCAUGUUUAACAUAAACUGUAUUUAAACAAAAUUUUUGUCUAUGCCGUGUGAAAUUAAUAAAUAUGGGCCAUAAUAUGUUUAAA